AUGAAAUCAAAAACUCCUUCUUUCGACUUUUCCAUUCUCACUUCUCCAUCUGCAGACUAUCAUCAUCAUGAUGAUACACAUGCUCCAAAAAAAAAGAUUUUUGGUAAUUGCAUUGAUAUCAUUUCCGUGAGAAGGAAUCACACUCCGAAAGAUCAAACUAGUCUUCAUCAUUCAGAUUCAUCCAUAAAUGGAAGUCAAUCGAUUCGAUGUACACCAUUCUUUGUUCGAUUUCCCAAAAAACCAAAAACUAAUCAAAUGGUUGAAGUAUUUGUCAAAUCGUUUCAUCCACAACAUGACAUGACGGCAGAAAUGUAUUGGAAAUCGAUUCAGGAAAAUUCUUCGUUGCAGAAUGAAGAAGUUUUGAUUGCAACGAUGGCACUUGAAGCUGGAUUUCAAAUUCCCUUUUUUGAUCGAUCCUUGUUUUCACAAAAGAAGGUUGCGGAUUUGUUGAUGGGAAUGGAUGAAGAUGUGGAGAGUGCAGAUCAAAGUGUGACGUCUUUGACAGGUGCUAAGGUGACAUCUGGCAUGACCUCAAAAGAGACUUGUUUGAAAGAUUCCAUUACGAGACAACAAGAAUCGAUUGCUUUAUUGGAAAAUGAAAUUGCAGAACAUGUUGAAGAAUAUGAAUUGGAUGAUCAUAAAGAUCAUGUGGAUGCGUCCAAAGUAGAUGUGUCAGCUGUCAUUGAAAAUAUUAAGGAAGAAUAUGGAUUGAAUCAAUCGAGUCAUUCAUUAGGAGGUUCAUCCAAUGCUUCAUCAGCAGAAAAAGCCACUUCCUUUCAUUGUCAUGUCAAUUCUGAAGAAUUUGAAUUGUUCAAUUAUGCUUCUGAAAGUGAAAUGGAAGAAUUUUACAAAAAAUACAAUUCUCUCAAAACUCCAAAAGAGAAAAUGAAAUUCUUAAAAGAAUCCACAAAGAAACGACGUGAUGACAAACUCGACAUUGAAGAAAAGAUGAGAAAACGAGAAAUGUUAAAACAAUUGGCAGGUGACAUUGCCUUAUCGAUGGGAAUUUCCAAAUCUCGCUCCAAAUCUUCGAAUAGUCUUUCAUCCAUCUCUACUCCAACUUCACCAACCACUCCAGGAACUCCAAUUUCUUCAGAAUCUGAUUCCGAUCAAGAAAAGGAAGGAAAAACGAGUCGAAUUCGAAAAAAGUUUUCACACUUGAAACAAAAAUUCAAACGAACUCCAUCCAUGGCAUCUUCUUCUCAACCAUCCUCUCAGAAUCAACAGAAACAACAACAACAAGCUACAUUGAACACAAAUUCAGAAUCCUUUAUGACCAAUUCUGAAAAUGAAAAAUCUCCAAAUACUCCUUCACGUCGAGAAAAAUGGAAAGCUAAAAUUUUACAAAGUAUUCAUGAUGAAUUGUUGUAUCCUCAUGAUUGGUUUAUUCCUUCUUCGUCACAUCUUAAAACAAUUGAGAAGGAAUUGAAAAAAUUUUAUGAUCGAGGAGAGACAAAAUUGACAUUAAUAUUCAAGACCAAAGCUGUAGAACAGAAUAAUACUUCACAAGUGUCAUUGUUUGGAAAUAAUAUUGCAAAGGUUGCUGGAGCCUCCAAGACCAACAAACCUGCUAAACAACAAAUUGCAAUUGGAAGACUCUAUCUAUGGAAUGAAAAUGAUAAAAUUGUAGUUUCUGACAUUGACGGAACCAUCACAAAAAGUGAUGUUGGUGGACAAGUGGCAUCUCGUGUUGGAAAGGAUUAUGUUCACAAAGAUAUUUGUCAAACCUAUGCUGAAAUCUCAAAAAGAGGUUACAAAAUGUUAUAUUUAACAGCACGACCCAUAACCAUGAGUUCCACCACUCGACAUUUUAUUGAACGAUUACGACAAGCAACGAAUAAUGGAAAGAUUGUGAAUUUACCUGAAGGUCCAGUGUUUACUGCGUAUAAUAGUGGAACCAAUGCAUUGUUGAGAGAAGUAAUUUUGAAGCGUCCUGAUACUUUUAAAGUGUACAUGUUGGAUAUUAUUUUGAAAACAUUUGUACCUGAAUUGAAUGAAUUGAAUGCUGAACAACGACAAGAAGUACUCAAAACCAAAACACCAUUCUUCUCAGGAUUUGGUAAUCGUAUUACAGAUGACAUUUCAAUGGCUCAAUUGGGAAUUGCAUUGGAAAGAAUUUUUAGAAUUAAUCCAGCUGGAAAGAUUAUUAUUGAAAAAACCAAUCAGUGUUUCCAAUUUCACACAGAAUUACUUCCAUCACUCGAUUCAUGGUUUCAACAAAUCGCCCAUAGUUUGAGCAACAAGAAUUAA